AUUAAGUUAACGAAAAUGAAUAGCGUUAAAUUGGAAGUACAGUGGUCUCCAGUACAUUCAAAUAAAUUUAUCACUUGGGGAACUGAAAUAUGUCUUUAUGAAAUUGCUGAAAUUAAGGAUAUUGUUAGAUCUUCUUGUACCAAGGUGUCGGAUACAACUGUUACGCAUCUUCUGGCAACAAAUACGAGUCAUCAUUAUGUCAAAUGUAUUGACAUUUAUCCUCUUUCAGACCCCGAUAUAUUAUUAGCUGUCGGACAAGCGAAUGGCAAAGUAGUAUUAACUACAUUCGGUCCAACUGCUUUUGAUUCUUUAGGCUUAACUGGAAAGGAACUUGUUCCUAAACAUGCUCGGCAAUGUAAUGCUGUUGCUUGGAAUCCAGUCGAUUUUAACUUAUUAGUUUGUGGCUUAGAUAAAUAUCGUACAGACCAAUCCUUAUUAUUAUGGGAUAUCUUAAAAAGUCCACUAAAUACAGAUCGAGUACAUCAUUAUAAUGCUAGUCAAACAGAAUCAAUAAAACCACUAGCCGAAGCUGGUGUUUCUGAAACAAUACAUUCAUUAGCUUGGUUUAAUAACGAGCCAAAGUGUUUAAUUGCUGGAGUUAAUAAUAAACAAUUGAAAAUUAUUGACUUUAGAGACCCAGUAAAGAUAAUAAAUUCAACGCCUACAAAGGCUGUAUACAGCGUAGCAGUAAAUCCUCAUAACAAUUAUCAUCUUGUCUCACACGUUGAUAAUCAGAUUACUAUUUGGGAUACGCGUUAUUUUGAGAAACCAGUCCUUACACUGUCUCAAACGCGUCAAGUUACUAAAGUCUUGUGGUGUCCUACUCGACAUAAUCUAUUGGGCUCAUUACAAAAAGAUUCUGGAUCCUUAUAUCUUCAUGACAUUCAGCAUCAUGGUAUUGGUGGAGAAGAUACAGAGCCAGGAGCACUGGAGAGAACAAUUGCACCUCCGUGGUCUAAUCCUACAAGUUUCUCAUGGCAUCCUACUCAUGUAAAUAGAUUGUUAGCUAUCUCUCAGCAAGGUUUAACCGAUUAUACUGUGUAUGAAAGAAUAACUUUAAAUUGGUCGACUAGGUCUCAUCUUGUGUGGAAUCAUGCUUCCAAGUCUUUUAAGUAUAUUUGUAAUAACGAUAGUAUUUAUAAAGCUUUAAACGAUAUUUCAAUAUCGACGAAAAGUCGAGCUUUAGCAGAAUAUGGUUUACUGCCAGAAUUAUCUCAAAAUGGUGAACUCGCUGAAGAUGAAACAUUGAAAAAUUUAUGGCAAUGGUUAUAUCUCAGUCGUUCUUUGGUAGAAGAUGGAACAAUACCUAGCCCAGACAAUAAACAUCCUGGUGUCAGAACGGUUUUGAAGAUUGAUGGACAAAAUUCAAACGGUAGUUUCACAAAGUCCGAUGUUGUACAUCGACCUUGGACAGAUAUUGGUUCAAACCAUACAGCUAAAACAUACAGAUCCCCAGAUCGUGACAAGGCAUUGCAAUUGUGUGGCUGGCGAUUUGAGAAAGAUACAAAUGCACCGUAUAAUAAUUUGUUUUUAGAAAGAUUAGAGAGAGAAGGGGCAUAUCCGAGAGCAACAGCAAUAUCUGUCUUUAAUUUAUGCUUACGACAAGCAAUAGAAAUUUUAAACAGGGGUGCCAGUAAAAUGUCUUUAUUAACAAAUUUGAAUAUCGUGGCAAUGGCAUUAUCUGGAUUUUCAGAAGAUAAAAAUAGUAUGUGGCGAGAGUUAUGUUUGAAAUCAAGAUCUCAGCUAUCAGACCCUUAUCUACGAGCUACUUUUGCCUUCCUAACAGCCGACAAUGACUCUUAUGAAAAUGUAUUGAAUGAAAAUGGCAUGGCCGUAGAGGAUCGAGUAGCAUUUGCAUUAAUGUUUUUAUCCGAUAGUAAAUUAUACGAAUAUUUAAAAAAAUUAACUCAGAAAUUAUGUGACGAAGGAAAUCUUGCGGGAUUCUUACUUACUGGAGCAAGCUUAGAAGGUAUUCAGUUACUUAAUAGACAUUUAGAAAUUACUGGCGACGUACAAAGUUGUAGUCUAAUCGCAAUAAGAGCUUUAUCACCAAAAUUGCUGCAAGAAAGUCAAGUGCAAAUUUGGAUUGAAAGUUAUAGAGGACUGUUGGAUGCUUGGAAAAUGUGGACUCAAAGGGCUCAUUUUGAUAUAGCCAUGAGAGCAUCGGCGAAUGAAAAACCACCGCAACAAAUGUACAUUUCAUGUAAUUUUUGUGGAAAAAGUAUAUCGACCCUUAUUCAGGGAUUAAGUCGAGCGAGAGGACCAUUUGGAAGAUUAGUAAGCACAUCAAAUAAAUUGAAGAUGUCGGCUUGUCCAAGUUGUCGAAAACCCUUACCAAGAUGUGCUAUAUGUCUGAUGCAUAUGGGAACUGUAAGUGGCUUACCAGUAACAUCUGGGACUCCAAGUAGAAACGAAGAAGAUUAUAAAUUAACAGAAUUUAGUAAUUGGUUUACGUGGUGUCAAACCUGCAGGCACGGUGGCCAUGCCAAUCACAUAACACACUGGUUCAGACAACAUUCCGAAUGUCCAGUGACCUCUUGUACAUGCCGAUGCUUCUCUUUAGAUGCAUCUUGUAAAAUAGGUGUAGGAGUUGUAUAAAAUAUAUUUUAAUCAAUUGUAACUGUUUUGAGAAAUAAGUCUUAUUAUU